AUGCCUUCUCCUUCCAAACCCUCAAUAUUGGUACAGGUUAUGCAAUCGCUCAUCAGUUAUGGCAACAAUUGUUGUGUCCCCACACAGAUCCUUGCAAGCGGAGGAGAAUCAAGAUAUCUGAUCAAAAGAGAGUUAGCUACCGCAAUAUUAUCCCCAGUCAAAACCUUCUGUUGGGCUAACUCCUUCCUGCUGAUUGCAUUGCUUGAGCAAUUUUUUGCUCCAAAAAGUAACAAUGAGAAAAACACACAAAGUCGCAUUUGUGUGCAUGAGAAGAAGAAGAAGAAGAAGAAGAAGAAGAAGGAAUCGGCUCAUCUCCGUUCCAGGGAGACGAAUGUCCAAAUCUGA